AUGUACACCGUUGAUGAAGCGCAAUUUGCAUAUGACAAUUUGGUUGACCGCACCGGCUGUAACACUGCAAAAGACACCCUCGCCUGCCUUCGUAAUCUGGAUGCCGACGCACUUCAACGCCAAAACAUCGCAACAUCUCUCCCAGGCGCCCAAGAGCCUCCGCUCUAUUUCUAUGCACCGGUUAUUGACGGCGACCUCGUCCCCGACUACACUUACCGCAUGUUCGAGGAAGGCCGCUUCAUCCCAGUCCCCGUCAUAUUCGGCGACGUCACGAACGAGGGCACAGUAUUCACACCUAUGAAUCUGACCUCCAUAACGGAUGUGAACAAUUUCCUUCGAGAUCAGUUCCCCGCCCUCACUCCUAGACAGCUCUCCCGUAUAGAUCAAUACUAUCUCCAAAACGUCAACUCCACACAGCCAUACCUAAACUCCACACGUUACUGGCGCCCAGCAAGCGAUGCCUACGGCGAACUCCGCUACAACUGCCCCGGCAUGGCCAUGUCCGCCGCAUAUGCCAACGCCGACAUUCCCAGCUGGAACUAUCACUACUCCGUGCUCGAUCCAGAAGAUGAAGCCUCAGGCGACGGAGUAUACCACGUCGUCGAGCUCAACGCCAUCUGGGGCCCUGACAAUGUUUGGUACUCUGAGGACGUGGGCUCGCCACCGCCGGCUUCGUACUAUACGUCGAAUGCGCCCAUUAUUCCCGUCAUGCAGGGGUAUUGGGCGAGUUUCAUUCGCAGCUUUGAUCCGAAUACGUUUCGGUAUCCGGGGAGUCCAAGGUGGGAGACUUGGGAGGGAGGUCGCUGGGGUGGAGGUCAGAGGCUUUUUAUUCGUACGGGCGAGACGAGGAUGGAGAGUGUGCCUGCGGAUCAGAGGGAGAGAUGCGACUAUCUCAUUUCGAUUGGGGUGGAGAUUUUGCAGUAG